AUGAACAGCAGUAUGAGGAUCAAAGCACCACAAGGAAGCAAAGUUAUGAAUAACAAAGAUUUCAAUGACAACGAAGAUUGCUUUCAAGAAGACACUGGGAGUAACCCGCAAGAUAAUGCAGUUGCAGACCAAUCGUCAAGUGGAACAAAUUGUGAUGUUAUUUUGCCUUCUGUGAGCAUACACGUAGAACUAGAAGACAAUGAAACAUCACAAAAUAUUGAUGAAGAAUGUGAUCAAGUAACACGUACGAAUGAAAACGCAGAGUUAAAAAUGGAUUUAGAAAACGAACCAGCUAAUUCAAACGGCGCUAAUGUGUUGACCGUGCCAAAAACAACGGAUGAAAUUGGACGAAUUAAACAUAAGGAAAGGAAAUUGUCCUUGGAUCAAACCAUGCUAUCAAGACGGGAAGGUUUAUCACAAUCAGAAAUGGACUUACAUUCUAUUGGAAAAUCUCCGCUAGAACGCAAGUCUUCAUUUUUCAGAAAAAAGAUGGACAGUUUCCUUAGAAAUACAACGGAAAUAUUCAGAAGACAAUCACAAACUGGAAAAUCACAACCCGUACCUAGGAGAGGAUCUAAAUCGCUUUCACUCCAAUCUCUAAACGAGCAUUGUUCUCCUGCCAAUGGUCACUACAGUGAAAACCCAUUACACAAUCAGCAGGAAUUAAGAAAUAGCGCGACAAGUCUGUCGACAAUUGCGCGGAGCUCGUCCAUGGCAAGCACGAUAUCUAUGAGUCCUGGAGAACCGCUUGAUCACUGCAGCCCCGCAGGUAGCCAGCCAGCACUGUUUGCAAGUCAGCCACUAGAAGAUUGUGCUUCAGACAGCGUCCAUAGUUUAAAUGAAGCAUAUAUUCAAGAUUCGUUCCUGAAAUCUCGAGCCAUAUCCAUGAGUUCCGGUUUAGAUUCGCCACAAGGUCGAACGCGAAAAAAGGCUUCUAAAUCUAACAGAGUAACUUGGCUUGCAAGUGAGGGCCUCACAAAUUACUUUAAGCGGGUCAUUCAAGAUGAAAAGGGCCACGAAAUGCAAAUGUGUCACUCCUACCAAGACUUUUCGGGCAUACCCGAAAAUAAAUUGUACGGCCCUAAAACGGACACCAAAGGCAGACGGCUUUCGUAUCAGCGAGCAGUCUCCGGUGAAGAUCCUGUACCCUCGGCGAGGUAUAGCGACUCAACGCAGAGAAGAAGGAACUAUAUACCAGAACAUCACGAGGCAAACUACGAGCUAACCAAGAAACUUGAGGAUUUCACAAACAAUGGGGUGCCACCGCUUAAAGGAUUCACCAAGUUCACCAUAUCCGAUCAGGCGCUGGCUUUCCUCAUGUUGUGUGAAUGCGAAGAAAACCUGCGGGAGUGUUACGAAAAUACCCACAAACUGAGUCCCAAAGAAGAAGUGCGCCAGGCCACCAUCAGGGAGUUGCUGACCACAGAAGCAGACUACAUCAGGCACCUAUUAACCCUUGUCGAGCUAUUCAUGGCCACCGCCCAUUCUCUUCAGGAUAGCGGUUUUAUGCUCGAUGUCGAUACUGAACGCCUCUUUUCAAAUCUACCAGAUGUUCUUAAUUCCACCCUCUAUUUCUGGGAGCAUGUAUUCUAUCCAUUGCUGGCCGAUGCUUUUGAGCACAGUACUCCGCUUAACCCGGAGCUUAUGGCUAUGGGAUUCUGCUCUAUAAACGAUCUUUUGCACCCAUAUGUGAAAUACGUUGUGGGUCAAUCGAAAGCCGUAGAUUACUUGCGUUCGCUGACUGGAAAUUCAAACUUCGGGUUAUACCUUGCAUGGUGCCAGAAACAAAAAGAGUGUAACAGACUCCAGCUAUCCGACAUAAUGAUUAAACCGAUGCAGCGUGUGACCAAGUAUCCGUUGAUUCUACGGAGACUCAUUGAUCUUACUGAAAAUGAAACGGAGAGCGCAAUGCUCACUGAAAUGGAAACAAGUGCCAAAACGUUUUUGACAGACAUCAAUCGCCGUAUUCGUCGACGCCAGGAAAUUGAGAAAGUGGAUGAAUUGGCCAAGUCGAUCGAAACAUUUGACGUUGAUUUUAAAGACGAUGAUAUGGACAGGUGCUUCCAGUUGUUCGCAAAAAUUAAUCUUGACUUUCCUAUGUAUUAUUGCUUGCCAAGACAUAGCCGAAGCCUUAUUUAUGAGGGUGACCUGCGUUUUAAGGAUAAUACAAAGGAGACCGAAGUCCGAGUAUUUCUCUUUACUGAUAUGAUGCUCAUUUGCAAGAAACAAUCCAAGGGCAGUAAUUUACCGUACAAGAUGAUUAGGCCCAAAUAUAUGAUAAACAAGAUCAACGCCUUCCCCAAAUACGGUCGCAACGACGAGUUAAUAGGAUUGAUCUUCGUUGCCGUCGACGAAGUCAGCUCUUCGUACCAUUCCUUCACGCUGUCUGAGUCAUCGAAAGAGGACAAAAGCCAAACGUCAAACAAGCUAAGCGUAAUGCAAACCUGGGACCUUAAAGUGAAAGAAGCCAAAUUGACCUUUGAACUUGGGCUUUGGUUCGCCAUAAAUAGUGCAUUCGACAUGUCGAUAGAUGAUUACGAUUCGUACAGCUUCGGUGAUGGAAGAGAGUCCCGGCGGAAUUCCGAGGACUCGGCUAUCGAGAAAGAGGCCAGGGAGAGAGUUGCGGUCAUGUCGCGGCGCAGUCCGACCACGUCCAUCGACUACGAAUUGUCGCAAACCUCCACGGCAACAGAUCCCACAGAUGCUCGUGCGCUCCGGCACCCUAUGUUCCGCACUUCUACCGGGGACAGUUCCAGGAACUCGCACCUGUCCAGUUUCCAGCACUCGAUGAGCACCGCGUCGCACGAAGAAAUACAAUCUGGAAGCAGAUUCGUUUUUCCAGUUUCUUCAUUUGACUAUGGCUACCAUCAACAAUCGUUCGAAGAAGGCGUCACACCGGUCACGCUGGGGGUCAUGAGUGAGACGGAAUCGGUGACAUCAUCCCAUUCAAGGAUACCAGUACUGGUCCCAACGCUGACGCCUUUCCCGGAGACUUUGCAGACAACGAUGCCUCCACCAUUCACGGCACCAUCGCCUAAGCUGGUGCCCAGGCCGUUGCCCUCAUGGGUGCUUGCGGCGAAGGCUCAGAAGCGUGCGCAUUGGACCUCACAAUUUCCCGCGCAGUUCCCCUGGCAGUACCCACCGAAUUUUCCCGAACAGUUCCCCGCACAGUUCCCUGCGCAGUACCAUACGCAGUUCCCCGGGCAGUACCCGCCGAAUUUUCCCGAACAGUUCCCCACACAGUUCCCUGCGCAGUACCCUACGCAGUUCCCCGCGCAGUACUACGCACCGUUCCCCGCGCCUUUCCCUACGCCUUUCCCCGCGCCGUUCCACGCGCCGUUCUCCACGCCGUACCCUCCGCAGUUCCCGGAGAGACCCUUGCCAUCAGCCAUAAGGCUGGCCGCUCAGUUGGCAGCGCAGUUAACUGCACCGUUGCCUGCGAAAUUGCUUGCAAUGUUACCCAAGAAGUUUCCCACGCGGUUUCCCACAUGGUUUCCAACGCAGCAGCCCACGCAUCAGCCCACGCAACAGCCCACGCAACAGCCCACGCAACAGCCCACGCAUCAGCCCACGCAACAGCCCACGCAGCAGCCCACGCAGCAGCCCACGCAGCAGCCCACGCAGUUGCACACGCAGUUGCCGUCAGAACCGGAGCCAAAAUCGGAACAACCACCAGAGCUAACACCAUCACCGAUGUCAGCGGCAGUAGCGCUUCCGAUACCAGUUCCAAUUCCGGCAGCAAUGGCUACAAAGAUACCGCCACCUUUACAAACAUCUAUUAAGACUCCGUCACCUGGAGUGCUGCCUGUACCGAUACCUGUACCAAUAGCGAUUCCACCGAUCUCGGCUGGCGGCCCUACUCAAGUACCGCACAGUCCCAGGUCUCGAAGCGCCCAGAGCUCUUACAGUGCCCAUGGCCGCGGCCCCAGAGCCGCAAGUGCCAGCCCCAGCACUCUUCGCGUGCAGCCUCAGGAAGGCGCCGGGACGCUUGUGCACAGCCUUCCCGACCUGACCAUCGAACCAGCGACUCCACGUCAAACGCAAAGCCCAACGCAGCAGUCAGCUUCGGAGAAACUAUACAAGUCACACAACGAGCUACUGCAGAAACACAGACAAUCAGCGCAACAACAGCAGCAGUUCUUGAACCCUGAUCAGCGUGGUACCAGCUACCCGACACCCAGCCCAACCAGGCACGAUCUACUGAAACUAUUAUUU